CUGCAGCCGUGCCUCUCCUCGGGCCAAUCUUCGGGCAGACGUUCAUAAAAUCAACGCUUCUGCCUCAGCUUUCUCUGGAAAAGACACGGCCAGUGCCUACGCUCAAGCUACCCGCUUGCUCACUUCAGCCACCACACAUCUACAAUGCCCUUCGAAGAGCACUUUGUCCAAUACGAAAAUGGCCAGAAGACGAUUUUCUACCUUGCUUCCGGCCCGGAAAAAGGCCCGCUGCUGAUAUUCGUACACGGUUGGCCGGACAUCUCACUACUCUGGAGCCAUCAGCUCGAAUGUUUCGCGUCGUUGGGAUUCCGUGUAGUGGCGCCCGAUCUCCCCGGCCACGGCCGUUCGACCGCGAAUCGCGUGUUCGAGGACUACUCCCAGGAAAAGAUUGUCCUCAGCAUGAAGGCCGUGCUUGCUGAUACCGGACGGAGCGAUGCCAUUUGGAUCGCGCAUGACUGGGGCUGCGGCACGAUAGGAACGCUGUGUGCCACGAGCCCGGCUAUGGUGCGAGGGGCGGUCUUCAUGGCGGUGCCGUAUCGCACAAUCGAGAUGGGACUGCAGGAGCUUCUGACGACGGUCAACCGCGACAUUUAUCCUGCGGACAAAUAUCCGUUUGGACAGUGGUCGUAUCAAGUGCACUACCAGCGAGCAUUCGAAUCCAUCACCGCCUUCUACGAUUCGGAGCCGGAGGGCUGGCUUAAGCUCUGUCAUCGGCCAGGCGAUGCAGGCAACCUCUAUCUCCCAUCCCACACCGCCAGGACUGCAGAAGACGGAGGCCCUGGUGGAGGCCCGAGCAAGCUGCCGAAACCUCCCGCUGCAACGAGCAUCCCCCAGAGCCUUCUUGAUGGCGACAAGCUGGCGGCUUACGGAGAAGCUUUCAAGAAGACCGGCUUCUACGGCACGAACGCACUGUACAUGAAUCACGACCGCAAUCGAGAAUAUAAUACGACCCAGGCUGUCAACAACGCCCGGCUGGAUUUUCCCGUGCUGUUCAUCGAAGCCAAAUACGACACUGUAUGCGCCGUGCAUACUACCAGUAUCGCUGAGCAACAGAGAAAGCUCUGCUCUUCGCUCACCGAAGUAAUCGUGGAGGCUGGACAUUGGUUACAGCUUGAGAAGCCUCACGAGGUGAAUGCAGCGCUCGCGAAGUGGCUGGUCAAUCAUUUGGGCGAUCAUUGGCCAAGCCCAACUGUGAGCCUUGAGAGGAGUAUCUAGAAUGGACUCCAGCGAGUGUACCGUUUGGGCGGCACUCUCGAAUAGAUCGCGUAUCGUGAUGUUGCAGUAACUGAGCAUCGUCAUGCAUCUUGGGACCACUUCACCUCGACCACAGGGCCGAAAGUCCGUGGAGUAAAUUAUUAUCAAGACAUAAGGCUAGGCAGCCAUGUAAGGGUUGGCCAAUCAGGGUGUGCUUUCCAGCAUGCCCUCCAUUCUAGAGGUGGUCGCAACUGUACUAGUUCCCGUUAAUUGAGCGCUAAUCAAUUACGACC